CAAAUUUUUUUGUCAUCUCUAAAUCACAUGCAAGACUUAAGAUAAGACUAUCUUAUCAAUCAUUGUACAUGCCCUAACAGAUUAAGUUCAUCUGGGCAUCGAAAUCAAAUUGUCUAGCUAUAGCCUAGUAAUUAAUUAAUCGGUUGAGGGUCCGUUUUUUGGAAGGCAAAGUUGAAUGGGUUGCCCGGCCAAUAAAGUUGGAUGGGUUGGGAAUUUGGGAUUAGUUUGAAGCUUGUGUGGAUAGCCACUUGCUUGCUUGGCUGGAUAAGCUAGCUAGACUAAUCCGUUUCUUGUUUGGCUGUCACUUGUCAGCAUAUGGUGGUUGAGAUUAGCUCGUCUUCCGUAGGGGUCAAAAAAUAUUGUAACUAUGUUGCUUGUAAUUGUUAAUUCUGCUACUUGCAAUAAUUAAUUAAUUAGGGCGUGUUUGGCUUUGGCUAUAAGCUCUGGCACCAAUACAGUAAUGACAAGGGCAGCGAAGGCCGAGCAUCUUUUGUCGUUGGUGCGUCUCGAUCAUUUGCAUAGGUCAAAAGGCGUGUUUGGCUUUGGCUACAAGCUCUGGCACCAAUACAGCAAUGACAAGGGGCAGCGAAGGCGGAGCAUCUUUUGUUGUUUGUGCAUCUCGAUCAUUUCCAUAGGUCAAAAAGUCUUCCCAUCAAAUCUGAUAAUAUUUCCCUCGCGAUGCUCGUUGUCAAAGUCGGAGCUGUCGUUUGUUUGUGCGUGUGACCAUCUGUUGGCAUGUGCCGUCUUGGCUUGUGCAGCUGUUCUACAGCUCUGUGUUCCAUGCCGGUGGCCAGGUUGACCGGGGGUGCCUAUUUUGUGGGCUGGAUUGUGUCAGUUUUAGCCCGGUUUUUCAUCAAUUAACCGGGUAAUUCUCCUUCUUCUUAAUCAAUAAUAAAAUGGCAAGUCUUUUGCCUCGUUUUGAAAAAAAAAUCUGAUAAUAUAGUGUAAGAGAUUGAUUGACUAAGAAACAAGAGACCAGUUACUUCACAAGUAUGCGUCCAUUGUUGGUUUCACACUUUCAUUGCAUAAUACAUAGUCCGGUCAGUGCCAAUCGAUCGAUCAUGUAUGUAUGUCUUAAUUUCCUGACCUGGGCGCUCGAUCCUUGUAAUUAGUCUUUGAGUCAUGCAUCGAGGGUAAAAAGAACUAGCCUAUGUAAAGUUCACUGUUUGUCUCUUUACAACAGAAUAUGCAUCUCUCUUCUGUAAAUAUAUAUGUGUAUUUCACGAUUACUUAAUCAAUUGGGUAAAUUUGAAGUUAAUUUGAUCGAGCCUCACAAAUAAUGCUCGUGCUCAAGUUUCAAGCUAGGGCAAGUUAGUUGGUAUAUAACAGGCCCGGGUAACCAACUAAUGGAUCUCCGAGUUAGUAUAACCCAAAUUGAGCUGGAGUGCAUGCUAGUUGAUGAUGACGCAGAGCCCAAGGCCUUGCCAUUCCCACUAUUGGAGAAAAUAACAGAUGGUUUUUCUGAUAAGCUGGAAAUUGGAAGAGGUGGCUUUGCGGUGGUUUAUAAGGCAAUGCUUGAUAAUGGCAUUAUCGCUGUAAAGAGGAUGUCCAAUACGUACAUGUAUGAGAAAGAAUUCCACCGAGAGGUGGAAUGUCUAAUGAAGGUGAAGCACAAAAACCUUGUGCGAUUUCUCGGAUAUUGUGCUGACACCCAAGGGAAUAUGGGAAGCUACAACGGGAAAAUGGUUAUGGCAGAUGUGCAACAAAGAUUGCUCUGCUUUGAGUAUCUACCUAAAGGAAGUCUUGAUGAUUAUAUUACAGAUUCUUUUGGAGAAUUUGAAUGGAGAAAGUGCUACCAAGUAAUAAAAGGGAUAUGCGAAGGGCUAAAUUAUCUUCACCAAAACAAUAUCAUGCACUUAGACCUAAAACCCGGAAAUAUAUUAUUGGAUGAAGAUGUGAUGCCGAAAAUUACUGAUUUUGGACUAUCAAGGUGUUUUGAGGAAGGCCAGACACGAGUCAUUACUGAAAAUGUGGGCGGAACGAUAGGAUAUUUGGCACCAGAAUUCCAUACUGGUGAAAUCACACACAAAUUUGACUUGUACAGUCUUGGUGUUAUAGUUAUGGAGAUGUUGACCGGAAAGAAGGGGUAUCAAAGUAUUGAAGAUGUACGUGAAAGUUGGAGUUAUAGGUCAGACAUAUUGUGGUGGGAACAAAUACGAGUAUGCGCUGAGAUUGGGAUCGAGUGCACUGACUUAAACCCAGCCAAGAGGCCAGAAAGUAUGAAGCAUAUAAUUGAUAGGCUUUUAGCAGCAGAAAGUAGUACUCAGGUAAUCCCAACAGGUGGUCCCACCAGCAAGCUUAUUGUCCUUCACCCAUCAGCGCUUCGCUUCCCCUUUGAGAUCAACAAGGUCAUCACGUGCCCGCUUGAGCUAACAAAUAACACCGAUAAACACGUUGCGUUUAGGCUAAAGGACAAGAGUGGGGAGUCCUCCUUCCUAAGGCUGCCAUCGUAUGGUAUUGUGCCACCUAACACCCCUUAUACUCUCAUUGUGACAACACAAGAGAUAGAAGAGCUACCACGAAAGUGGAUCAUAGAUGUGAUCCUUGACGGUGCUACAUUAAUAUUGGGGGAUGGUGAGCAUAAAAAGACUUUCCACAGCCAGCCAGACAAGUAUUUUCAGGAGAUGAGGAAUGCACUGCAGGAGGUGGAACUAAAAGCACUUUAUACUCUACCGCGACACAUCACAACAUUGUCGUCUAAGCCAAUCCUGCCCACUAUCAAGAUAAUAUGCAAGGUAAAAGGGCUCGACCUGUAUUCCUUGGACAUAAACCAGGCCAAGCAAUGGAUAAUAAUAGGAGAAGACAGUGGACAUGUUCGCAUUUGGGAUUAUAAGACACAGAGAAAAGUGGAUUCGCUUAAAGUCUCAGCGAGCUAUGUUUCGUCCAUUAAAUUUAUUGCAAGAAAGCAAUGGAUUCUUGCUGGGACACAUAGUGGUAACGUUCAUGUGUAUGACUAUGAAACAAUGCACAAGAUCACUACUUUCAGAGUUGCUGUCGGUGGACAUGCAGAAGUCGUGUCACUGGCCGUUCAUCCAACCCAGCCGUAUUUGCUGUCAGCGGGUACACACCUGAAGCUUUGGGACUGGGACAAGGGUUGGGAGUGCGUACAGACAUUUGAGUGCCAAUUUCUUGAGAAAGUAUGUCAUGUCGCAUUUAACCCAAAUGACACCUUUGCUAGUGCUACAUCAGGUUUAGCCGGAGGUUUCGCUGUGAAGGUUUGGAGUCUUUAUUCUCCCAAAUCCAACUAUACAUUGUCUGGGCACUCGGACAAGGUGAACUGCUUGGAUUUCUUCACAUGCCACGAUCAAGAGUUUUUGGUUACAGGUUCAGAUGAUGAGACUGCCAAGAUAUGGUAUUUGCAUAAGAAGAUAUGUGCAUAUACACUUGAAGCUUUCGCGUCUCCAGUUACGUCUGUCCUGUACCAACCCGAUAUUCAGACUCUAAUUACAGGUUCAAAAGAUGGUGCAAUUUAUUUGUGGUGCACUACAAAUUGCAGGAUAUAUUCACGCCCCCCCACACUUACAAGAAUCAUCAACAUUGGUUGUGUUGUCUACCAUCUGGCAUGUGCGAUGGGAAGGGUUGUAAUUGGAAAACAAAAGGAAGUAGCAAUUAUGGAUAUCGAUAAUGUGAAUUAUCAAGAGCAAUCAACGGAUUGCAGUGAGGAGCAGUUAACUGCAGAUACGAGACAAUGUGAUGGAAACACAGCGUCUAAGGAAAUCACAGGGUCCAUCAGCAAGCUACUUGACGUCCACCCGCUGGAACUCUGCUUUCCCUAUCAUCCUAAUGAGCCCAUCCCGUGCUCACUGCACCUAACAAACAAUACAGACGAAAAUGUGGCAUUUAGACUUGUAGACAAGAGCGGCAAAUCACCAUGGUGCUUCACAAGGCUGCCCUUGUACGGCAGUGUGCCUCAUAGAUCCACUUACACUUUGAUUGUGACAAUGAAAGAGGAGAUGAAGCAAAAGGAAAGUACUGACUUUGAUCUCGUUAUUCAGAGCAGUUUAUUGGGAGAUAAUUACACGUUGGCAUUCCAAGACCAAUCCGAGUCUGAUAUUUUUUUUGAGGAAGCCAAAAAGUUUGGGAAUAUGGUGCAUGAGGUGACACUGAAAGCAAUUUAUGUGCAGUACGGAGAGAUCACAUCUAAGAAUAUAUCAGUGAAGUAUAAUUCUGACGAUUUGUUUUCCCUGGAUGCACAUCCGACAAAGCCAUGGAUUUUAACAGGUCAUAGAAGUGGAUAUGCUCGCGUAUGGAACCAUGAGAUGAAGGCAAGCUAGCGCACUCUCAAACUAAACAUAUAGUUAUGUUAAUAUAUCAAAUUUAUUACCACUGCCAAGUAAAGGGUCAUCAGAACAAAAGCUUGAUCA